UUAUAAGAAACCCUAAGGACUGUUCUGUGUAAAUUUUUAGCUCCAUAAACCGGCGAAGCAGCUCAGGUGAAAAUUUAGCGAGGAUGUAUCUCCAGUUUUACAUCAAUGAGAAUGGUGACAAAGUUUACACCACUAAGAAAGAGUCACCACUGGGUUUGGCCACAGAAUCCGCUCACCCAGCCCGCUUUUCCCCCGAUGAUAAAUAUUCAAGGCAAAGAGUGCUUCUGAAGAAGCGAUUUGGUUUGCUUCCAACCCAAAAGCCACCUCAAAAGUACUAGAAGUUUUUGCUAUUGCGUAUUGCUUUCUACUCAUGGUUAUUAUGUUUCUCUGUCUUGCCGUUGUUGACGUGACUCAUCAUGUGUUGUAACUCAAAUUGCAUGGCAGCAAUUCAAACCUCAUCUCUUGUUGAUGGUUUUUUGGUUUAAUUGUCGAAAUGGUGAAUGAAUGUGCAUGCAAUUCAUCUCAGUUUAUUUAUAUUUAGAACAAUCAAUGUUUGUUG